GUAGCGGUGGCGGCGGUACGGCGCCGCGUCUGGGGAGUGGCUCUCUCCACCGCCUUCCCCCAGCUCGGUGGCGGCGGCUCCUCCUACCAGGGGGGUUGGCGCGGUGGCGGUGGCAUCUACGGCCAUGGCGGCGACUGCUGCUAACCCCGAAAUGACAUCAGAUGUACCAUCGCUGGGACCAGCCAUUGCCUCUGGAAACUCUGGGCCUGGGAUUCAAGGUGGAGGGGUCAUUGUCCAGAGGGCUAUUAAGCGGCGACCAGGGAUAGACUUUGACUAUGAAGGGGCAGGUAACGCUUUAAUUCUUUUUUUCUCCUUCAGGUGUGAUGAUGAUCAGAUGUCUAAUGAUAAGGAGCGCUUUGCCAGGUCGGAUGAUGAGCAGAGCUCUGCGGAUAAAGAGAGGCUCGCCAGGGAGAAUCACAGUGAGAUUGAACGGCGGCGGCGGAACAAGAUGACGGCCUACAUCACAGAGCUGUCGGACAUGGUGCCCACCUGCAGCGCCCUGGCCCGGAAACCUGACAAGCUGACCAUCUUGCGCAUGGCGGUUUCUCAUAUGAAGUCCUUGCGGGGCACGGGCAACACAUCCACCGAUGGCACCUACAAGCCGUCUUUCCUCACUGAUCAGGAACUGAAACAUUUGAUCUUGGAGGCAGCAGAUGGCUUUCUGUUCAUUGUCUCCUGCGAGACAGGCCGCGUGGUUUAUGUCUCGGACUCCGUCACCCCUGUUCUGAACCAGCCACAGUCGGAGUGGUUUGGCAGUACGCUGUAUGAUCAGGUGCACCCAGACGACGUGGACAAACUUCGUGAGCAGCUUUCCACUUCUGAAAAUGCCCUGACAGGGCGUGUCCUGGAUCUGAAGACUGGAACAGUAAAGAAGGAAGGUCAGCAGUCUUCCAUGAGGAUGUGUAUGGGCUCCAGGAGAUCAUUUAUUUGCCGUAUGAGGUGUGGCGAUAGCUCUGUGGGCCCGGUCUCCAUGAACAGACUAAGCUUCGUGAGGAACAGGUGCAGGAAUGGACUUGGCUCUGUGAAGGAUGGAGAACCUCACUUCGUGGUGGUCCAUUGCACAGGCUACAUCAAGGCCUGGCCACCACCUCCUGUCUGUGGGAAAUACAUCUGUAAAGAAGACAGCAAUUUUAUCUCCUUUCCGUCUUUUCUCUCUCAGGUAACCAGCUCUCCCACCUGCACAGACAUGAGUAACAUUUGUCAACCAACAGAGUUUAUCUCCCGACACAACAUUGAAGGAACCUUCACUUUUGUGGAUCACCGCUGUGUGGCUACUGUUGGCUACCAGCCCCAGGAGCUGUUAGGAAAGAAUAUUGUGGAAUUCUGUCAUCCCGAAGACCAACAGCUGCUAAGAGACAGCUUCCAACAGGUGGUGAAGUUAAAAGGCCAGGUGCUGUCUGUCAUGUUCCGGUUCCGAUCUAAGAACCGAGAAUGGCUCUGGAUGAGAACCAGCUCCUUUACUUUCCAGAACCCUUACUCAGAUGAAAUCGAGUACAUCAUCUGUACCAACACCACCGUGAAAAACUCUAGCCAGGAACCACGGUCUGCACUUUCCGGCACAAUCCAGAGGCCACAGCUCGGUCCCACAGCUAAUUUAUCGCUGGAGAUGGGCUCAGGGCAGCUGGCACCCAGGCAGCAGCAACAAACAGAACUGGAAGUGGUCCCAGGAAGAGAUGGACUGGCUGGCUACAAUCAUCCCCAGGUCUCUGUUCAGCCGGUAACAGCCCCUGGGCCAGAACACAGCAAGCCCCUUGAGAAGUCAGAUGGUCUGUUUGCCCAGGAUAGAGACCCACGGUUCUCAGAGAUCUACUCCAACAUCAGUGCAGAUCAGAGUAAAGGCAUCUCCUCCAGCACUGUCCCCGCCACCCAACAGCUAUUCUCCCAGGGCAACACAUUCCCUUCUACCCCCCGGCCGGCAGAGAACUUCAGGAAUAGUGGUUUGGCCCCUUCUGUAACCAUUGUCCAGUCAUCCGCUUCUGCAGGGCAAAUGUUGGCCCAGAUUUCCCGCCACUCCAACCCCACCCAGGGAGCAACCCCACCUUGGACCCCCAGCACCCGCCCAGGCUUCUCUGCCCAGCAGGUGGCUUCCCAGGCUACAGCCAAGACUCGCUCUCCCCAGUUUGCUGUGGGCAACUUUCAGGCUCCAUCCUCCUUCAGCCCCAUGUCCCUCCCUGGUGCUCCGACCACGUCACCUGGUGCUGCCUACCCCAGCCUCACGAACCAUGGCUCCAGCUUUGCUCCUGAGACUGGACAGACUGCGGGACAGUUCCAGACACGGACAGCAGAGGGUGUGGGUGUCUGGUCGCAGUGGCAAGGCCAGCAGCCCCAUCAGCGGUCGAGUUCUGGCGAGCACCACGUUCAGCAGCCAACGGCCCAGCAAGCCGGCCAGCCGGAGGUCUUCCAGGAGAUGCUGUCCAUGCUGGGGGACCAGAGCAACAGCUACAACAACGAAGAAUUUCCCGAUUUAACUAUGUUUCCCUCCUUUUCAGAAUAGAACUGUUGGGGUGAGGAUAAGGGGGUGGGGGAGAAAAAUCACCAUUUGUUUUAAAAAGCAAGUCUUUCUGUAAACAGAAUAAAAGUUCCUCUCCCUUCCCUUCCCUCACCCCUGCUGUGUACCCCCUUUCCCCGCUGGCCUUUCCCCCACCCUGCUGCCUCCGAGAUAACAUGGAUAGAUGCAGUGGAUCGAGUGAAUCUCCAAGGCUGUGGGGCCCUUUGAAAACCUGGGGCUAGAUGCGGUGAAGAGUGCCUCUCCUCUCGUGUCUCUUGGCCAGAACUGGUGCAGAGAUGGUUUGUGCUGGGGCCGAGGGGCAGGUUAGAGGACGCUGACACCCGCUCUUUGCCUUGAAUACUGCGGCGUGUUUUGGGGGAGAAGCUCUGAAUAGGGCGGAGGAGAGGAGAAAUGUCCUGGGAUCUGAGGCCCGUGAAACGUGGUAGGUGUAUGUGGGGUUCAGGAAGUGAGCAUGGGCUCUUCUGCUGCCUGUGAGCGGGUCUCUGGGAAGAAACUCGGGAGGGAGGGAGGGAGAGAGCGAGCGUGUGUGUGAGCGUGCGUGGGUGGGUGUAUCUUCCUUGUCUCCCUGUUAGGGAGUUAUGCAAAAUUCGUCCCAGAGUUUGUCUUUCUGUGUGUUUUUCAAAGAGUCCUAAGGAAUUAAAUCUUCCGGGUGUUUCCACUUCGUAUUGCAGCCAAAGAGCAUUUUAAUAAAUGUCUUUGCUGCACUUAACAUCUAUGCCCAGAUAAUAUGCAACUGUGAGCAAAUAGAUAAAGUCUUCUGUUGAUAUAGUUGGUCUCUCAUCAAACAUUUAGUGGUAAAGCAGGGUCAUUCCUGCUUUUGGUGCUCUCACCUUAUGUGGAAGAUCUGCAGACAUUACAGAAGUGGGCUGGCGAGAUAAACACUUUCAGAAACCCCAGACUUGGCCAUGAAGACAAUGCUGCAUUUUCUGUCAGAAUCACAGAUGAUGUGUGUUCUGUAGAGGUUAUUUCUGCACGGAAACUCAACUUCUUGAAUUAGCAAUCAGUGAAAAUCUCACUGUUGGCGUAUAAACCAAAUACCAAGCCCUCUUGCAAAGUAGCUGCUUUCAUCCUAUCCUCAGUGUUCAGUCUGGCAGGAAAUGGAGAGUUAGGUCUCUCCGGGGCCUGUGGCUCUUUCCACUUCCCUCCAGUCUUGAGAUUGGAUGUUGCUUCAGAGUGUAAGUGUGGUAAUUCCAUGUAAUGGAUGGGGCCUGUACCCCAUCCCCACGGGGGCACGUAGCAAUUAACGAUAGCCAUAUAAAUGCAGACACAGGUCUCUGCUCUCACCCUUUACCUUCCUCAGGUAACAAUCAUGUGUAACAGCCUUUUUUUUUUUUGUUUUUUAAUUGGCUCAGGCCAGUAUCUAAGUGCAAGACUGAAUGAAUAAGGAGAAGACAUAUUAAGUGUAGCCAUAGGGGACUGAGGAGCACAGGUGGCCUUGGAGAGGCUGAGGGAUGUCAUUUCCGAGCUUCCCUCCCUUUGUCUCCAGUCUGGUGCCAGGUAGUGGAGUUGAAAAGGGGACAGUUUAUUUUUUUAUUCUGUGUGCACACAUGCAGUAUACAUAUAUAUUUAUACCACAGUUUAAGAAACCAAAAAGUUGAGUUUCCAGUGGAAUCCUUGUUUUUUAAUAAUUGACUGUUUUUAAAUGUGAUCAAGACUAUAAUAUUGUACAGCUAUUACAGGGCUUUGGGGGAAGGGAAGGGGAGGGAGAAGAUGCUCUGGGGGUUUUGUUUUUUCUUUUCCUUCAGGGUUUUAUUUUUGAUUGUUGUUUUCUUGUUGGCCAUUUCUGUACUGCUGGCAUCUGUGCUGAGCCUUACAGUGGCAAAAAUAAUGACAUGUAGCAAAGAUUGUAAAACAAAAUAUUUUUUCCUUUUGUAAAAUGUCUUGUGUUGUGUGAUCUUGAUUGCGGCUUGUCAUUCCUUUCCAGUUCGAAAGAACAGAGGCGCACAUCUAGACAAAUCCAUAGCUCGAGCCCCAAGGAUACAAAAAAAAGCACAGUGUGACUGUAUAAUUUCAGGAAUCAGAAAUCACAGGGCUCUGAUCACUCAGCACUCCUCCCCCUCAGCUGUCCUCCUGAUCAUGAUACAUCUGAGUAAAAUCAGAAGCGACAUUCUGACUGAAACGGGGGUGAGGGGGAGUUGCUCAAGCCCUCAGAUGGGGGAGAGAGUUGAGGCUUGUGACCAUGAGUGCACAUCUGGAUGCCUUCCCCUGGGAUGUCCUCCUCUUCUGGAUUAAAAGGAGUUAGGGAUGGGGAAACGAAGCUGUUCAAGUCUGGACCUCGUUUCCCUCUAGGACCACGUGGUUCAUUUGCAGAUCUUAAAAACCAUAGGCAUAAGGCUGUAUUCCUGAGGGUCUAUGCAGCUGAGCUAGAAACAGAAUCUAGAACCCAGUGUAUUAUCCUUUCUAUUCCCAGGACCGUCUUUUCCCCUCCUCCAUAUCUGUUUAUGGAAGAAAGCGGGAUUUAGGGUGUGGUUUGGGGACUGAGCUAGACUCUUAUGAUUUGUCACAUGCCUGGAUGUCCAGGAAGCGUUUGGAGAAGCUCGUGUGACUGGACCUGGAUCAGGGAUUUUCAUAACUGAGACGGACGGUGUUCCUUAGGCAGCCUGGCAUCAGAGUGGUGACCACAAAGAGUCACGUGGGAACCCGUCAGUGUUCCCAGUAUCGGGUCAGUGCUGCCAUAAGCCAGGAGUGCUGUUUUUGGUUACUGUAACAACUGAUUUCAUCCAGACUCUCUGACAGGGCGUGUCCUUCCUCAGCAGAACUAUCCGGCUGUUCCCCGGCCUGGGAGCAAUGACAACUUGUAGCCGAUAACAAAAUACAGAUGAUUUUGGAGCCUGUGGGUCCCUUACAUUCCUCCUUCCCAGCCUUGUUAUUUCUUCAUCCUUGAGAGGAGGAUUAGACACAAUUCCCAAAAAUGAGGUUUCAGGGUUGGGAGGUGGGCAAUGAUAACAAAAUGAUAUUAAAGAGAAAAGGAGGGAAAGGCCAGCGCUGUGUCCUCUGUGGACCCACCAAGGGGAAGGUAAGCCCCAUCUGAGUACUCUGUAUUGAGGUCCACAGCUCCAUAAGGACAAUCACGUGGAACUAAAGACCUAGCAGAUCUCCACCCCUACGCAAAUCCACUCCCUCCUUCCCUCUGCUAAUCCCUCUUCUCCCAGCGUUUCUAUCCCCGCCUCCCUCCCCUUAUCCAAAUUUCCCGGUGGGCAGCUGACUACUGGAGCUGACUUCCGCAAUCCUGAUGGAAUAUAUCUAGCCCCCCUAGUCACCCGCACACAUUGUCCCCACGUCCCUGCCGAAACCAGCCCAGAGAACAGAUACCCAGCAGCAGGUAAUGUUUUCAAUUUCCCAAAUCUUUUGGCUUCUCGUUCUUGCUACCUUUCUAUUCUGAGUAUUCGGGACGUAGUGACUUGGGGACCAAAAUGGACUUUUUCUGCACUCUGGGUGAAAACAGUGCCCUUCUUAGGCUAUUUUUUGGCUAA